CAGUGAUCUAAAAGCUAGAUAAAGAGGCUGCUGAGGGGCUUCCCUAGCUCCAGAUCCACAGAGAAGCCACCUGGGGGUGGGAGGAAGCCCUAGGCAGCCUGCCCCAAGAGACAGCAUCCUUACUAAGGUCUUACCAUGAGGAAUUACUUAGUUUUCCUUCUGGCAUCAACUAUUUUCUCCUUCGCCAGCUCUCAAGAUGCUGCAGGAGAGGUCCCUACUGCUGUAGUAGAAGAGGAAGAAGAUCCAUUCUACAAGAGUCCACUCAAUAAACUUGCUUCUUCUGCAUCCAACUUUGCCUAUGAUCUUUACCGUGCUCAAGCCAACAAGAAUCCAAGCAGCAACAUUUUUAUGUCACCAUUGACUAUUGCUACAGCCCUCUCCAGCAUAUCCUUGGGAGGCGGACAGCGGACUGAAUCCUUAAUACAACGGUCCCUUUACUAUGACCUUCUUAAUGAUGCAGAUAUCCACACCACUUAUAAAGAACUGCUGGAAAACCUUUCUUCAAACCCGAAUGGGCUGAAAAGCAUAUCCCGUGUCAUGCUGGAGAGAAGGCUGAGGAUGCGUAUCGAGUUUGUGAAUCAGUUGGAGAAGUUCUAUGGGAAUAAGCCCAGAGUUCUGUCAGGAAAUACUCGCCUUGAUCUGUCAGAAGCCAACGAUUUUGUGCAGAAGAAUACCAACGGCAAAGUAGUGAAGUUCUUCCCAGAAGUGCCUUCAGGCAUUAGUGUCCUUCUGCUUGGGGCUGCAUAUUUUAAAGGUCAGUGGAUCCACAAAUUUAACCCCGGUCAAACCACCAUGCGUGAUUUCUACAUAGAUGAGCAGACAUCUGUUUCAGUUCCAAUGAUGUCAGCGAGCAACGUCCCUGUGAGAUAUGGCCUAGACUCCGAUUUUAACUGCAAGAUUGCCCAGCUUCCACUCACUGGGGGAGUCAGCAUCAUGUUUUUUCUCCCUCUCAAAUUCACCGAGAACCUGACAUUAAUUGAAGAAGGUCUGACAUCGGAGUUUGUACAUGACAUAGAUCGAGCAUUGCAGUCAGUCAUCAUAACACUAAGCAUACCAAAGCUGAAGGUGAACUACGCUGCUAAACUCACAGACACUCUUCAGGAGAUGAAACUUCAGCCUCUCUUCCAAAGUCCGGACUUCAGCAAGAUCUCUUCAAAGUCAUUGAAGCUCACGCAUGUUGUGCACAAGGCCAUCCUGGAACUGAAUGAAGAUGGAGCGGAAAGUCCACCAACAGUGGACAUCCAGGCUCGCCAACAUUUCCCGCUGGAAUUUCACCUGGACCAUCCAUUCCUGUUUGUUCUCCGAUCCGACAGCAACGGUGCACUCUUGUUCAUUGGAAAAGUGAUGAAUCCUAAAGAAAUUACCGGUUAAUAACCAUGUCUCUAAUUGGUUUUUGAAAUUCUGGACUCCGUUAAUGUCAUUAUGAUUAUUCGUGCCAUCUUAUGCCAAAGAAAAGUUCAACUCCAACUCCUUAUAUCUAUUCCAGAUUUUUUUUUUUACAAAAUUUAUAAAAAUCUGAAUACAAAUAUGGUGCUAAACUAUCAGUACUUGCCGCUCACUUUUAUUUCAACAUGGGAAAUAUAGUUACUGUUCGGAUUUUUACAUUUAUAGCAAAUCUCCCCCUUUAAUCAAUAUCUUGUUCAUAGGUCUAAAAUUCUGUGCUAGGUUCUCUUACUGUAUUUUUAUAGCAGUUGGUGCUCCACUUUCUGAUACAGACUGACUCCCUAGCAUAGACAUAUAGUAUAUUGAAAGGAAAACACAUUGCUUGACUGCAGCCGCCACUAGGGGGCGUUUGGGAUCUUACUGCACAAUGGGGCAGAUUUAUCAAUGGUUUUACACCACAAAAAUGGUGUAAAAAAAAAAAAGUCGGGGCUAUAAUUUGCAACUUUUUACACUUCUCGUCACUUCAUGGGCAUGGCCUCCCACAGCUCAACAGAUUUACUAUCAUUUAUUUAGUAAGGGAAAGAUUCAUCCAGCGUUUUGAGUAAAAACUUAGAUUUUUAUAAGGGUGAUGGUAUCCAUAGAAUACCACCACAGAGACAGGCUGCAUCUUUAGGGCUCAUUCAGACUGCAGUAUGCUGUCCACAAAAAUGCAGAUUGCAUUCCGUUUUUUUCGCUGAUCCAUAGACGUCAAUGAGGCCAUGUCCUGAUUUUCACUGACAAGUAUAGGACAUGUUUCAUUUGUUUUGCUGAGCAGUGCAACGGAAGAAAAGGCCCCAUAGAAGUUAAUGGGACAGUAUCUAAUACGCGAAAAAAACGGAUCCGCAUUUUUGCGGACAGCAUACGGCCGUCUGAAUGAGCCCUUAGUCAUAGGUUUGGCAGGACGACAUCUGAGCACCUGGGCUGCAGGCCUACAUAUCGGGCUGGUGAGCUGGCUUUACAUUAUAUUACUAUAAUUUAGCAAAGAAAUUGUUGUAAAUUGUAGCUGAUAUCUACGGCAGCUCUUAGCUGGUCUCUCUUCACCGCAAACUACAUCAAAAGUGUUGUGUGAAAUGGCAGUCUUGAUACAUUUCCCCAGCGUUAUUAUCAAGUUUAAAGGGGUUACCCGAUAUCUAAAAUACCCCCCCAAUGCUCAGGCCCAUUGUAUGGAUUAUACUUACCUGCUCCCCGACACCCGCGUGGCUCCGGAUCCCUGCUGGUCACCGUCGCAGCCUGCUAAUGGCUUGCCCCCCUGUCGCCGGAUGUUUUGAUCCGAGCAAGAGAAGAAGCGGCGGCCGUGCAGGGAUCUGGAGCUACGCGGGUGCUGAGAAGCAGGUAAGUAUAAUCCAUACAAGGGGCCCGGGCAUUGGGGGUGGAUAUUUUAGAUAUUGGAUAGUUUCUUUUAAUUUAUACCACUAUGCAGCAAGCUCCCCCUAUUCAUGACUGCAAGCAGUCGGCAAAUUAUCUUCUAAAAGUAUAUCUAUGCAGGACAUAUGGCGGGCUAAAUUAGAAAUUACCCAGCACAGAAUGGUGACCCUAUUUUAUAGAUUAAAGGGCCAGAUAUUCACAUUAAGACUGAGGACAUGAAUGUCUCCUAAAUAUCUAUGCCAUGAGUGUAGAAAUCAAUUUUCAAAAAAUGUAUACUAUAAUGUGUAUACUUCUUGUUCUAAUAAGUGCUUUAAUGAUUUUGCUGUGGUAUUACCAGGCUGUUUGCAGAGGCAUUGUUUUCUAAAUCUCUUCCAGGAAUAAUGUAUAGGCUCUGGCAUCCAAUUUCGGGAUUUGUUGCUUUGGAAAAGGAUAUUUCCAGCUAAAAUUAGGGUCAUAUAUGAUCAUUGAAAAAAAAAAAAAAAAAGCAAAGUUUUGUUGCUGAAGCAAAAAAGUG